AUGGCCGCCAACAUGCAGCACAUGGCUGGGGCAGGCCAGAUGAUGCCUCAACAACUGCGAAAGCCCACAGCUAGCCAGCUGCAGCAGGCUGUUUAUCAGAAUAUUCAACAAAACACACCGCCAUUAAAUGGCAUGACUUGGCAAUCAAAUUUCUCUGUUAAUGAGCGAAUGGGAAAGACAUUGGACUUAAUCACAAACAUCACUCUCGCCAUGGGCACUCUUGACUACAGCCGAGCAACCGAUUUUGGAUGUCAGUUCGAACGAGAAGUGUUUCAUAAAUCACCAACCAAAGAAGCGUAUGACCAGGCCAUGGCAAGUAAGACUAUGGAUUUUUUCAAGAAACGACAGGCCAACGAACCUGGCCUUCAAAACAGCCUCAACGCCAGUGCCCAGGCCCAAGCGCAUGCCCAGGCUCAAGCACAAGCCCAGGCACUAAUGUUGCAGGCUCAGAUGGGCCGUGGCCAGACUCCCCAGCAGGGAUUUCAGCACAUGCCGCAUCCCAUGCAAGCCACUCAGAUGCCCCAGCAGCAACAGCAACAGCAACCAUCGUUUAUGCAACAGCAGCAGCAGCAGCAGCAGCUUGCCAUGGGUAUGGCUAACCAAGCCGGCCGCGGUAUAGGUCCCAACCCACAAGCGAUGGGCAUGGCUGGCGGUCCUAAUAGAAAUAUGUUCCCUAACGAUGUGGCGAGACUGGCUCAGGCUGAUAAAAACAAAGUCAUGGAACUUGCGACCAAGAUGAUGGCUCAGGCUACAGAGCAGCAAAAAGCUAGCACACGGCUCCAUUUACAAUCAAGGCUCACAGCUCAGCAGCUUGCCGAACUCCAGACGCAGGGGAGAGAUCCUCUUGUUUGGUGGUACCAGAAUCAGGCAUUUCAAGCCCUUAAGCAGUCUUCCACAAUGCACCGAUUCCAGCCACCUGGUCCUGCGAACCCAAACAACCCUCAAGCUGCUAUGAUGCAACAACAACAGAGCCAAAAUUCUCUACAGCAACAGAGGCAAAAUAUGAUAAACGCAGCCCAGCAGCCUGGUGCAGGCCAUGAUUUCCCUCCAUUCACCCCAAACAUGGAUAGCAUCAAGGAUCAGCAGGUGGCCGGCCUAAUGGCUCAACAGGCGGGCCAAGUUGUCGUACCAGCGAGCAAUGGCAAUGGAAGAAAUGUCACUCCUCAGCCUGGUAACCAAAACAUUUCCAAUCAACAGAUGCAAAAUCAAACGCCUCGUAAUGCUCAGCAGCAGCAGCAACAGCAGCAGCAGGCUAAGCUGAACCAAGCCGCUCAGCAGUCUCAAGCUUUACAAGCACAGGCACAAAUGAAGAUGCAGAACCAGCAGCAAAUGACGGGAAAUAUGGCUACAUCGCAGAGCCCAGCCAUGAAUACCCUAAACACUCCCGUAUCAAGACCGGGCGUUAUGAAUCCCAUGGCGCCGCAGGGUAUGAGCCAGAACGGCAUAUCUCCAUUUGGCGACCAGCGAUUUCACCAGGGAAUUCAACGGCCUAACAAUCCCGCUUUCAACGCUAUGCUCACUAACAUGACCCCAGAACAAAGGCAAGCAAUCAACGGUCUUCCUCCGGACAAGCUUAACGAAGUCAUGCGUCGAUGGCAAAAUCAGCGACAGGAGCAGAUAGCAAACAUGAAUGCAAAUCCGAUGAUGCAGCAACAGAUGGCUAAUCGACCUCAGAACCAGUUCAACCAGGCAGGGAACAUGGCCCCUGGUCCUCAGAAUAUGCAACAAGUAAAUGCUCCUGGCGCAGGCAAUCAACAACAGCCAAUGCCAAUGAACCGUAUGACACCUCAGGGCUCCCAGCUUCAGUUUGUGAUGGACUCGAUGGAUUUGCCUCCCAGCAUAAUAAAUCAAAUCAACGGCCUGCCUGCAGAAGUUAAAAAAUGGAGAGAUUUGAAGGUGUGGAUCAGCCAAAACAAUACGCUUCCACCAACUGUUCGUGGCCAGCUAGCUGCUUUCCAACAGAAGCAAUUCCAAGUGCUUAUGCAAAGGCGGGCUGCCAGUGUGCCCCAGCAGCCUGGACAGGCUAUAAACAUGAAUCCUGCGAUGCCAAUGCAAGUGGCAAAUCAACAACCUGGAAUACAGCGACAGAUGGCCAAUUUACCACCACAAUUGCUUCAAGUCUCGCCUCAGGAGAUGAUGCAUAUCCGAAGUCAGAAACCUGGGUUGGUCAACGUUCCUGAUGAGCAACUUCGAUCGAUGAUUAUCUCGAUGAAGAGGAGUAGCUGGCAGCAACAGCAACAGCAGCAGCAGCUGAGGGCCCAGCAGUUGCAGGCCCAAAACCAGCAGCUACAAGCUGCCGCCGCAAAUAAUAUGGCUGGUGCCCAGGGCCCUCAAAACCCCAUGCAGAUCCAGCAGACUCAACCUAAUCUCACACCUCAACAAACCCAGGCGCAGACGAUGCCCAAUGCCAUGAGCCAGACUGCUUCGAUGCAAGCGGCCAACUUAAAGCAGCAACCGAACGCGAAUCAGGCACGCAAUAACCAAUCCCAAGCUGCGAAAACUCUUAAACGCCCUAACCCUGAUGACGGUGCCGAUGCUGCCAACAUGAAGGCUUCCAUAUCUGCUGCACGACAGCCGCCGGCGCCAUCGGCGGCAGCGGCAUCGCAACCAACCCAACAGCCAGUACAAAGGCCAGGGGCGAAAUUCCCGCCGCAGCUUACACCUCAACAAGAGGCUCAAUUGAAUCCCGAACAAAGAGCUAGGUAUGAACAGAUUUUGAGGAUGCAAGGCAAGGCUCCGGCUCCGGCUGCUACAGGAGCAGUACCCUCAGAGUCUCUGAUGCGCCUCAAGAUGAUUGGGCAAGAAGAGCAAAAGCUGUUCGCUCAAGAAUCCACUCCGGACAUUCCAAUGGGCCCUGAGGAGUACGCAGAAACCGCAGCAAAGCUCAAACGAAUUGUCCAGGACAUGAGCAAGGUUGGCCGUGGGCUAAGCAAGUGGUAUUCCCUCACGCAAGAUGACGCGCGUGCCAAAAUGUUCUUUAGAACUCGAUUGCGUCUCAUCAAGCAACAUGUGGACGGCGAAAAGAUGGAGAUAAUCAAGGACGCCUUCAGUAUCCGCUCUUCUGAACUGGAUCAGGCUCGCGCUAUGCUUGAGAGUAUGGCUAAAGAUCUGGCUGCUAGUGUGGCGGGCGGCCGGCAUUUGAAGCCAGGCAGCCAGACACAAGCUCAACCGUUAUCUCAACAGCAAAUGCAGCAGGCACAGCAAAAGAAUCAGCUAACGCAGCCAGCUCCUCUGAAUGCCGCUAAUCUGGAGAAGAACGCGCAGGCGAUGAACAAAUUGAACCAGCAGCAGAAGCAGGCCAAUAAAGCAGGCCAAGUGCCGCCCCCCGCCCCAACAAGCGCUCAGCCACCCUUCCCAUUCGGAGCAGCGACCUCGCCUGAUGGUAACCCUACUUACAUGAGCAAACCUAAAGAAAUCAACUUGCAGCUACCGCCUGCUCGAAAGAAGCCAAGACUGACAAAUUCUGGUCCGUCUUCUCAAGUGGCCACUCCCUCGCCACAGAUUUCAAAGAAUGCGUCUCCAGAUAUCCAACGCCAGCAAGGCCCACCGAAACCUUUACAUCUCUGCACGGAGCCCGACUGCGACCAGUCUAUUUCUGGAUUCCCUAGUAAACAAGCUCUUCAACAUCACAUCGAUGAAGAGCAUACUAAGCCCAAAGCCGACCCGUACAAAUUUGUGGGAGAGUCUCUUGCGGAGGCACUGGGUCUAGAACUAGACGGCACCAUCAAAAAGGAGCAGAAGGAGGGGGCGCAAGCAAUGAGUUUGUCAACUUCAAAACAGGGUCAAUCUUCCGGAAAUCUUGUCGGCACACCCAUGUCCGUGGAUGGUACUGGCAUGAAGCGAUCAGCCAGCGCCAUGAGCAAGGCCCAAGAUGUGAAAGCCGGCGUCAAGUUGGACGCGACUGCCAAGGCUGGCGAUGGGAAGCAGGUUAACGGCACUGCAAUGCUUGUCAAUGCAACGGACCCAUGGGCCAACUCGACUAUUGACCCUCAGACACUCCUACAGAACUUGGGCUUUGAAAACGGGCUGCCAAAUAUCGUCAACGAGGCCAACAUGUACAGGUCUUUCACGCCAAAGGAUACCCCAGAGUCUAGCAAGGACGGUGCGAGCGAGCCUAAUAGCGAUAUCUCUGAGGGUGCUGCGCUUGACAUUGACAUGAAUUGGCAUACCCUUGAUAAUGACGUUCUAAUGGAUUUCACCAACGCCUGCAUUAAUGGGGAGAUGGACUCGACAGAAAACCUAAAGGCCGCUGUGGCUAACAUCGAUCCAACCCUUCUUUUAGCUGGGCCGCCGGGCGUUCCGGAUUGGGAUGAAAUCCAAGUCGAUUUCACAAAACCGUUUGAACUCGACAUGAGUCUUUACUCUCUCGAUGUUACUAGCGACUUGUAA